UAACAUGUCCAGAUUUGAGCAUAAGUUGUAUUUCCACGUCGCUUUGCUCGCUUUAAUUUUUGUCUUGGCCUCAGGAGGAUGUGUUGAUUUGGACCUUGGAAUAGGAAGUGGAACAAUUCCUGACAAUGAAAUGACUGCUUCUUCAGAGCAAAGUGCAAACACACCAGCCAAGAAUAGUCGCCUUAACUACGCAUCAGGAUCAUCAUGGUGUGCAAGAACAAGUGACACAAACCCAUAUCUACAGAUUGAUCUACAGACACUUCAUAUCAUCUGCGCUGUGUCUACUCAAGGGAAUUCUCAAGGAGAUCAGUGGGUGAAAACCUACACGCUACAAUUAUCCACGGAUGGGACAACUUGGACAGACUACAGUGAAGGUGGACAAGUUAAGUUUCUGGGCGGAAAUGAUAACAGGAACUCAGAAAUGAAGCACGUAGUUUAUGGAGUGUUAACAAGAUAUCUGCGAUUCUUGCCACAAACACACUGGGGUGAGGUGUGUAUGAGAACAGAGGUAUUUGGAGUGAACCAAAAGCCGGCGUGUGUUACUGAGGCCAUUGGACUGGCCAAUUAUGGUGGAGUUCCAGAUAGGAGCUUCUCUGCCUUAUCGCAUUAUGACUCUAGGUACAUACCCUCUCAUGGUCGACUGAAUGGAGAUAUUCGGGGUUGGGCACCCGAGACGAACGCCAAUCCUGAUGACUACCUACAAAUUGACCUCCUGUAUGAGUAUGUUAUCUGUGCUGUUGCUACUCAAGGAGCUAAACAUAUAGAUGAGUGGACAACUUGGUACAAGAUUCAGUUAUCUUUGGAUGGAACCACUUUUGUCACCUAUAGAGAAAAUAAUAGAGACAGGAUCUUUCGUGGGAACUCAAAUAACUAUGGCAUUCAGAAAAACAAUCUUCAGGACUUUGCAAGUGCAAAGUUUAUUCGCUUUCAACCCACAGGAUAUAGUGGCUUUAAAGCCCUGAGAGUGGAAGCUUUUGGAAUGCCUCUAACUAAAGUUCCAUCACAACCUCCUACUGCCUUCAAAUUGAAUGCAAUCUCUUCUACCACCAUAAUAGCUUCCUGGAAGUUACCACAAGUCUUUGCCAGACAUGGAAGAAACAUUACUGGAUUUAAACUGUUCUACAAAAAGAAAGGUUCAGUGCGGUUACCAACCACCUUGCUUAUUAGCAGUGGAUCCGCAUCAAGUAGGAAUUUUACCGGGCUCGAGAAGUACACCGAAUAUGAAUUUCAAAUCUUGGCUUUUACGUCUGAUGGGGAUGGACCAAAGACCCCUGUUAAGGUGGAGAGAACAAAGGAAGAUGUUCCAUCACAAGCUCCGAACAGCUUCAUUGUUACUGGAGUUAGUUCUACAAUUAUCCAAGCAUCCUGGCAGUUGCCACCAGCUGACUCCAGACAUGGAAUUAUUAGAGGUUUCAAAUUGUUCUACAAAAAGAGAUACUCUACAGGAUCAACAACCACCUUGCCCAUCAAUAUUGGAUCAAUAUUAAGUACAGACGUCACUGGGCUUGAAAACAACACAGAAUAUGAAUUUCAAGUGUUGGCCUUUACUUCAGCCGGCGAUGGACCGAUGAGUUCUCCCGUACUGGUGAAAACCUUGCGACAUGGUUGUGUUGAGUUUUACCUUGGAUUGGAAAAUGGAGAAAUUCCUGACAAUAAAAUAAAUGCUUCUUCCGGACGAAGUUCCAACACGCCAGCCAAGAAUGAUCGACUGAACUACACACCCGGAUCAUUAUGGUGCGCAAGAACAAAUGACACUAACCCAUAUCUACAGAUUGAUCUACAGACACUUCAUAUCAUCUGUGCUGUGUCUACACAAGAGAAUUCUCAAGGAGAUCAGUGGGUGAGGAACUACAAACUACAAUUAUCAAUAGAUGGUGAGAAUUGGACAGACUAUAAGGAAGGCGAAAAAGUAAAGGUUUUACAAGGAAACAAUGAUGGAAACUCAAAUGUUAAGCAUGUUGUUUAUGGAGUGUUAACAAGAUAUUUGCGAUUCCUGCCACAAAGUCAUCAGGGCAGGGUGUGUAUGAGAACAGAGGCGUUUGGAGUAAAAGGAAAGCCAAGUACCUAUAGCAUCUUCCCUGCUUGUGUCAUCGCAUUGUCUUGCCUUGUGGUUGUGUUGCUCAUUACAAUUUGUGGACUGAUAUUGCAUCGGAGACGAGCUGUUCCUAGUGAAGGCGAAAAGCCUAAAAAGGAAGUUGGCUUUGAUGGCUUCGAUCGCUCAUGUGAUAAACAGCGACGUGAUCAACUUGCUUCACGUUCCUAUACGGGACUCAUACCCACGCCUCCGAACGAACAGUGUCAUAUACCUGAUGAUUACAAGUUCUUUGAGGAGGAAGCGGGGACCGCUGCCUAUUACAAUGUGCCAAUUCAAAAAGAAAGCAAUGAGAAACAAAAUGAAGACGUUUAUGAGGAUAUAGGUCAAUUCUACAACUGAUUUUUUCUCGUCUGAUUAAGAUUAUAUUUCCUUUUAUAAAAACGGUACUUCGAUGCAUGAU